GUUUCUUCUUUACCUCCACCAUUAUUAUAUUUCCUCCAUGCCUCACAUGCCCUUUCUAUCUUCUCGUGUAUUGAGAAAUUCUCCACCCGCUGCAAAACUUCAAGAUAUGUUUCAACAUGGCAGACGACGGUCCAGCAGUCAAUCAUCAAGAAGGACUAACGGGUCAAAUGAAAAUGACAGUUUAGAGGACUCAUCAUCACACAACUCGCACCGUCUGUCACAUAUUAUCGCAAAACACUUUCCAAAGAAGCAAGAGGUUGUUCAGGAGCACGAAAUAGACUUUCCUACAGAACUGCAAAAACUUCAAGAGAAAUUUGAAUCAGCCAGAACAGAAACAAAUUUUGCCACCGUCUCACAGGGCUCUGUAUAUUAUCACGAAGACUACAUCACUUGCGAGGAUGCCAUUAGAGAAAUGACCGAAGCUUGGUCACUGCUGAUGGACCUGGUUGAUCGCGACACUUGGCGCGUAGAUGAUGAGGCUCAAAGCUUAGAAAUGGAUAUCAAGGCGUUAAUUGAUGUGUUUGCUUGUCUACCAAGGAUAGAUCGCCAUAUGGACGACAACGAUGAUGAAUAAUGCUAUAAGUCGGAGCGUUCUAUUUGUACAGAAAUCGUACUUUUGUAAAUACUUCCAUUUUGUUUUUCUUCUCAAAUUUAUAUCAUAUUUCCAUUCCCCCUCGCAUAUCACAUACCUGAUCAAAUAACCUAAACAUCCUCAUUCAAAUGACACAAGCCACUCAUGUAUUUUUGAGAAUCGCAUGCAACUUAUGUAGCAGUAGCAUUUUUUUGUUUUUUCAAGAAAGCAAUAUAUUUCUGUUCGCAG